CACAGACAGCCGUAUAAAGCAGACUAAUCCCUUAUGCAGUCAUUCGCUCUAUCUCCACCUCUUCUGGAAUUCGAUCCGAGGAUGCUCCUCACCGCGUGCUACCUGCGCUGAGGCUCCAGGAAUCCCAGAGGAGUGGCAUGGCCAACGCGGGCGUGAGUCCUCCCAGGCCGCGGGCGUCGCUCUCGCCGCUGUCGCUGCUACUGCUGCUGGGAGGCUGCUUCCUCUCGGCCGCCGGGAGGGACAAGGGGGCGGCUGGCAGGGAAGUGGCCCGGGCCUCCGGCCCCAGAGACGGCUCCUUGGGUCGCUUCGUGAGCCCAGAGCAGCACGCGUGCAGCUGGCAGCUCCUGGUGCCCGCCCCGGGGACGCCGACGGGCGGAGAGCUGGCCCUGCGCUGCCAGGUCCCGGGCGGGGCGAGCCUGCACUGCACCUACCGCGGGUAUCCAGAGCGCUGCGCGGCCACCGGCUCCCGGAGCGCGCACUACUGGAAACGGCUGCUGGGCGCGCUGCGCAGGAGACCGCGGCCCUGCCUGGACACCGCGCCGCUGCCGCCGCGCCUGUGCGCCCACAAGACGGCCAGCGCUGAGCUACACCCGCCCGCGCACUCCAGCCUGCCCGCACGUCCUAGCGAGGAGCCCCGGCCCAGGGUGCGGAGCCGGGCUCGACCGCGACAGUCGGUGCGGUCCCCGAGCUCCCAGCCCGAAAAGAAGCCCUUGCUGGUGAAGUCCAACUCAGGCGGGAGGAAGGCGGGCUCAGACCCGGUUCCGGAGACUCCUGAGGCGGUCGGACUCCAGCCCAACGGGCUGGACCAGAAUGCCGAGCUCACUGAGACCUACUGCACUGAGAAGUGGCACUCCCUUUGCAACUUCUUUGUCAAUUUCUGGAAUGGCUGAGGCUGCGGGCUGGCAGGAGCACUAGGGGCAGGUGCUGCGGAGCAGAGGACAGCGCAGCCGGGGCGGAAGGCGUAGGGCAUUUUAGACUAGGAACUGGGAUGGAGGGUAGGCUAGUCGGGAUUCCAAAAUAGGGCAGCAGGUCAGGGUGAGAAGAAUCUGAGUCAGCAGGAGAGCUUUUUUUUGCGGCAUCUCAAUUUUGCCUUAAGGAGCAGAAGAAAUACUGGAAACAGAUAUAUAUUAUGCAAAAAGAAGCUGAAUAGCGGGAAUGAGAAGACUAAAGAGGUGCGAAUUUCUCCUAGGAAGUGGGAUACAAUGUAUAUCACCACAUUUUUAAAUGAACUGUGCGUAAGAACCUGAGUCAUGUUGAAUGGUUCGAAAUCUCGGGUUUUCAGCUUGAGAAAAUGAAUACCCAUCCUCCCUCCUUUCUGGAUUGUAAUGAACUCUGAGUGUGACUUGGCAUCACACCUUCUAUGUAGAUUAAAGCCUUGUAGGUUAAAUAAAUAAAUAAAUCUAAGACUGGAUUAUCAGGACAAUUGUUUCUCAGUCCCUUUACUACUAAUUUUGAGGUGAAUUUUGAGCCUACUGUCCUGAAAGUUUAACUACGUAAAAUCAGAAGUGAAUUUUAGAAGUGUAGUGCCCUCCAGAUCUUCAAGUACAAACAAAAACUCCAGGCCUGUAAAUUGUGAUCACUCUUUUUAAAAAAUCAGCUAAAAUGCAAACAUGUCUCUCAGUACUUGGGCCUUCAUCUCCUUUGUAAUUAAAUUUAAAACGUGGUUUUUAAAAAUAUGUUGUAACAAUCGUCUUUAAUUAAAAAUAAGGUCGUAAAACGAUG